CAGGCAGCAGCUCGGACACCUCAGGACGGAUGUGUCCGGUCAGACCUCCAUGGAUGGAUGUAGCCUGUCAGGGACGAAGCUGAGCGGUUAGCCUGAUUUUGGGACACAAAGAGACCUACAGCAGCGGCAGCAGCAGGAUGAGCUCGGAUGGGGGUGGGCGGCCCGUCAAAGUGGGCUCCCUGGUGGAGGUGAUCGGGAAGGGUCAGCGCGGCACAGUGGCCUACAUCGGCAACACGCUCUUUGCCUCCGGAAAAUGGGUGGGAGUCAUCCUGGACGAGGCCAAGGGCAAGAACGACGGCACCGUGCAGGGCAAGCGCUACUUCACCUGCGAGGAGAAUCACGGGAUAUUCGUGAGGCAAUCACAGAUCCAGCUGGUUGAUGAUGGGGCAGACACAACGUCUCCUGAGACGCCUGAGCCCGGCACCGGCAAGGUUCCCAAACGAGAGAUCCUGGAGACGCCCAAGUCCACUAAACUGACCACGGCCAGAAGGCCCAAGCAGCCCAGCCGACCUGCAGGUACUGGUGGGAAGGGGGCUGCGUCCGGCUCGGCCUCGGCCUCUGCUGGGGAGAUGAGCAGCAGCGAGCCCAGCACGCCGGCCCAGACCCCUCUGGCCGCUCCAGUCAUCCCUACGCUCCACUCCCCUGGAAACCCUCCGGCUCCCGUGCCCAGCAAGGAGGAGGAGGCACUGCGUGCUCAGGUGAAGGACCUGGAGGAGAAGCUGGAGACGCUGAAGAUGAAGCGGACUGAUGACAAGGCGAAGCUAAAGGAGCUGGAGAAGCACAAGAUCCAGCUGGAGCAGCUGCAGGAGUGGAAGACCAAGAUGCAGGAGCAGCAGGCUGAGCUGCAGAAACAACUGAAAGAGGCCAAGAGGGAGGCUAAAGAAGCCCUGGAGGCGAAGGAGCAUUACAUGGAGGAGAUGUCAGACACAGCGGAUGCGAUCGAGAUGGCCACGCUGGAUAAGGAGAUGGCUGAGGAGAGGGCAGAGUCUCUGCAGCUGGAGGUCGACUCCCUCAAGGAGAAAGUAGACGAGCUCACCAUGGACCUGGAGAUCCUCAAGCACGAGAUUGAGGAGAAAGGUUCGGAUGGUGCUGCCUCCAGUUACCAUGUGAAACAGCUUGAAGAGCAGAAUGGCAGACUUAAGGAAGCACUGGUCAGGAUGCGCGAUCUGUCAGCAUCAGAAAAGCAGGAACAUGUGAAGUUGCAGAAGCAGAUGGAGAAGAAGAAUGUGGAGCUGGACGCACUGAGAAGCCAGAAAGAAAAACAGCAGGAAGAGAUGAAGGUGGCAGAAAAGACCAUUGACGAGCUGAAAGAACAGGUGGAUGCGGCCUUGGGGGCGGAGGAGAUGGUGGAGAUGCUGACAGAGAGGAACCUGGACCUGGAGGAGAAAGUCCGGGAGCUGAGGGAGACUGUCACUGACCUGGAAGCUAUAAAUGAAAUGAACGAUGAGCUGCAGGAGAACGCCAGAGAGACGGAGUUGGAGCUGAGGGAGAUGUUGGAUCUGGGCACCGCGAGAGUCCGAGAGGCUGAGAAACAUGUUGAGGCUGCACAGGAGACGGUAGCUGAUUACCAGCAGACCAUCAAGAAAUACCGCGAGCUCACAGCACACCUGCAGGAAGUAAACAGAGAGCUGACCAGCCAGCAGGAAGCCUCAGCGGAGCUGCUGCAGCAGCCGCCAGCUGAGAUGUUUGAUUUCAAGAUUAAGUUUGCAGAGACGAAGGCCUACGCCAAGGCAAUUGAGAUGGAGCUGAGGAAGAUGGAGGUGGGUCAGGCCAACAGACACGUUUCUCUUCUGACCUCCUUCAUGCCCGAGUCCUUCCUUCGUCAUGGCGGAGACCACGACUGCAUCCUGGUGCUGCUGCUCAUCCCCCGGCUCAUCUGCAAGGCCGAGCUGAUCAGCAAACAGGCCCAAGAGAAGUUUGACCUGAAUGAGAACUGUGUGGAGCGAGCUGGGCUGAAGGGAGCCAUCGGAGAGCAGCUGAGCUUUGCUGGUGGUUUGGUCUAUUCGCUCCACCUGCUGCAGGCCACGCUACAUAAAUACGAGCAGGCUCUGGCUCAGUGCAGUGUGGAAGUCUACAAGAAGAUCGGCUCUUUGUACCCGGAGAUGAGCGUUCACGAACGUUCUCUGGAUUUCCUCAUCGACCUGCUGCACAAAGACCAGCUGGACGAGACGGUCAACGUGGAGCCGCUCACCAAGGCCAUUAAAUACUAUCAGCACCUGUACAGUAUCCACCUGGCAGAUCAGAAUGAGGACUGCACCAUGCAGCUGGCUGAUCACAUCAGAUUUACCCAGAGUGCCUUGGACUGCAUGGCGGUGGAGGUCGGACGCUUGCGGGCGUUCCUGCACACGGGCCAGGAGAAGGCAGACCUCGCCGUGCUGCUGAAGGACUUGGAGACGUCUUGCAGCGACAUCCGACAGUUCUGCAAGAAGAUUCGCCGCAGGAUGCCAGGAACAGACGCACCGGGCAUCCCAGCAGCGCUUAACUUUGGACAACAGGUGUCAGACACCCUCUCAGACUGUAGGAAACACUUGACCUGGGUGGUGGCGGUGCUGCAGGAAGUGGCAGCGGCUGGAGCUCAGAUGAUGUCGCCUCUGGGUGAGCAGGAGGGGUUGUCAGCCGUCAAACUGGAGGAUGUUGCGUUCAAGGCAGGAGAGCAGAUUUAUGGAUCCCAGGGUGCAAACCCCUACGAGUAUCUGCGGCAGUCUUGUAGCAUCGUCAUAGCAACCAUGAACAAGAUGGCCACCGCCAUGCAGGAGGGAGAAUAUGACUCAGACAAGCCUCAAAACAAGAACCCUCCACCUGUGGAUUUGCGGGCAGCGGCUCUUCGAGCUGAAAUCACAGAUGCAGAGGGUCUUGGCUUGAAGCUGGAGGACAGAGAGACAGUCAUCAAAGAGCUGAAGAAGUCUCUUAAGAUCAAGGGAGAGGAGCUUAGCGAGGCAAACGUCCGCCUCAGUCUGUUGGAGAAGAAGCUGGACAGUUCAUCCAAAGACGCAGACGAACGUGUUGAAAAGAUUCAGACUCGACUGGACGAAGCCCAGACUCUGCUGAAGAAGAAAGAGAAGGAGUUCGAGGAGACGAUGGACGCUCUGCAGGCCGACAUCGACCAGCUGGAGGCGGAGAAGGCCGAGCUGAAGCAACGGAUCAACAGCCAAUCAAAGAUGACCGUCGACGGGCUGAGAGGAACCGGCCCAUCAGGAAUCGCUUCCAUCGUCACUGGAAUUGCAGGAGAGGAACAGAAAGCAAACAUGAUGUCCAGUGUCGGUUCAGGGUCGGGCAUCCAGGUGAUCGACUCUCCUCUGCUGACUCAGCAGAUUGAAGCUCAGAGACUUUGCAUCAAACACCUGAAGAACGACAACAACAGACUGAAGGCUGAGAAGAUGCGCGCUCAGCUCGCCUCUCUGCCUCCUCUUCGCGUGACCAAAAUUCCCUCCAGAGCUGGAGGUCGUCCUGAAGUGCUCUCUAGCGCCCUCUACCGCAAGACCGACCAGCUCCUGGAGACUCUGCUGCAAAUGAGCGCAAACGUCAAGGUGGUGGACAUCACCGGGAAGUCUCCAGUGACACCUAGUGCUCAGCUCCUGGAACAGACAGCUAGAUUGCAGUCCCUGAGUGAUACUCUGGGCAGACUGAAGGAUGAAGUAGCAGAGCACGUCGUCAACCAGCAACCUGGAGCUCGAGUCACGUCUGACUUUGCGACGUUUCCUUCGACCUCGUUUGUUAAGGCGAAGGACGAGAAGCAGGGCGACACGGUGCUGGUGGGUCGGGUCAUGGUGCCGUGUCCCCGCGGUCAGGAGCAGGUCCACCGCCUCGUCCUGUCGCAGUUUCAGCUGCAGAGAGUUCACAGUCUGCUGCGGACCUAAACUUCACCUGCCCUGCAAUCCUGCCUGCUGCACCAACACAACACGCCCCCCCAUCAUCAGCUUGGUAGCCUGGUUUCCACUCCAGGGCCAAACAAGUGAAACCAGGAGGCAUUUCAGAUCACUAGUGGUGAGAUUACAACCUGUGGGAAAUCAUCAAGUUAAUCUGCGACAGUCAGGGCUGUUUGAGACCAGUCUAAUCUCUAGGUCAUUUAGGUCAUUAACCUGUUUUGAUGCUGCCUUUUCUUGGUCUCAGGCAAUUUUACAAUUAGAGCUGAAAUUAUUAGUCAAUUAAUCGAUUUGUCAAUCUACAGAAAAUGAAUUGGAAACAAUUUUGAUAACUGAUUAUUUAUUUCAGUAAUUUUUCAGACAAAAAUGCAAAUCAGUCAUUGAUUUGCUGCUUUUCUUUGUCAUAUAUGACAGUAAACUGAAUGUCUUUUGGACUGUCAAAAAGAAAAAUGUGAAGAAAUUUCAAAAUGUCACUUAGGAGCGGAUACUGAAUAUAAAUCACUGCAACUGUUAAUUUCUGAAAAUGUUAAAGCAAAAUCCACACCAGGAAAGCAGCAUAUGCAAUUAGUGAUGUACUAAAAUCAAAUAUCAUCUUUUCCUUCCUGUAAACCUGCAACUUCCCAGUGACAAAAGCAACAACUUUUGGGUGUUCAGCUGAUCUUUCUUAAUGUGCCCUUUCAUUGAUCUCAAAUCAAAUUCGACUUAACUCAAGUUUUCAAAGUGACUUGGAUGAUACAGCCCUACAUACAGUAACUUACAUACUGUGUGAGGUGAUCAUGACUCCAUGCUCAUAAAAUUUAGUUUUAUUGCCAGAUACAGAAGUAGUGAGACCUGCAACAGCGCUGCUGCAUGCUGCCCAGAUUCACAGAAUUUUUUGUUGCGUAGAAUAUUUAUCAAAUUCCUCUUUGGCCAUGGUGUGGACCUGCAGUUUGGUUUAUGUUAGGCCAGAACAUUGGAUGUUGCUCCACGUUUCUAUGCUACUGUUAAUGCUAAACAGGAUAAGAAAGAUGACUGUGUUGUAAAUUUUAAUCAGGUGUCACUGUUGUGUGCUCCAUUUUUGUAACUUAACUGUCUAAAGGGAAAGAAGGAUUAAGUGAUUUAAAAAAUAAUUUUACUGUGGUUUCAUAUAGAGACUUUUUGCACAUAUAACAAGUCUUGAAUGACAGGAGAAACCAUAGAGGAGAUCAAAAUCCUGCACAUUUGCUUUACUUGGAUGUAACUUUAUUGUUGCAAAGACGUUUCACUGAUGGUCUAAUGAUAAAUAGUUUUAGCAAUGAAGCUACAUGCAUGCAAACUAUAGUGUGUGUUGAGGAUUUUGUAUUUUGCUGUGGUUUGAUUAAAACCCUGUGGACUGCACAGAACAAGAAAAGCUGAUUAACCUCAAGGGAUUUACUGUGGAAAAUGCAGAUUUUUCAUGUUUAUCUGAAAACAGAGAUGAUGAAGCAUUAUAUGGUUUAAAUUAUUUAGUAUUUAUUACACUCGUGGUGUAAAUUUCAGUACAUUGUUACCGUUUACUUUUACAUGCUUAGUAUAAAUUGGUAAAGUUACUGAUUUACAAAAAUCCAGAAACGACUGUAUUACUUUGUUCUGCUGAGAUUCCUGUUGCUGUUUCAGACUUUAACUUUGUCCGAGCCUUAAACCUGCAGAGAGCCUUGUGGUUAAGAGCGGUCACCUGCCUUAUUUUUGAUUUGUUUAAAACCUUGUUUGAAGCAAAAAUACAUCUUUGCCAAAGAAUCUUUGUUUCUCUUCACCAACGUUUGCCAUCGCUGAUUUUAAAAGGCUUUUAGUUUAUUAAUCCUUGUUAAAUUAUUUUAUUUAAAUAUUUGUUAGAGUAUUUAUGUUUACCCAGUACUGUCAUAACUUAAAGUGUUAUUUUAUAAUAAAUGAGUAUAGUGCAUCUACAGAACUGUAGUAGAGAAAAUACAGACAUUUCUUAUUUAUUCAUUAUGUAAUUUAUCUGUUUUCUCUGUGAGCAGCUGAUGUGCUGAAUCUGCAGCUUGUCUAACUUGUCUUACCUUUUCCUCGUGUGGCUUCCUUCUCUUGCACAGCCAAUAACUGAUCAAUAAAGACAUUAAAGCCAA